UUCAUAUUAAUACAAGUACAUAUAUCAAUCCUCGUAUUUCAGGCUCCCUCCAAGCAAGUUGUUUAUGCACUUUAAUUAGCCAUGGAAAAGAAUGUGAUCUUUACGUUGCUAGCGAUGCUUUACUUGCUUAUGUGUGUUGUUGCAUCUGUUGUUACUUCUACAGAUGAGUAUGCUCUUCUGGCCUUGAAAUCUCUAAUAACUUCUAAUUCAAAUGAAAUCUUAGCUAAGAAUUGGUCACAAGGAGCCUCUUACUGCAAUUGGAUUGGUAUUACUUGUGGUGGGAGACAUCAAAGAGUUAGACGCUUAAAUAUAGCAAAUAUGGGUCUACGAGGUACUAUUGCGAAAGAAAUCGGUCAACUCUCUUGCUUGAGAUCUUUGAAUAUUAGCAACAACAGUUUCCACGGAUUUAUCCCUAAUGAAGUGGGUAAUUUGAGCCAACUUCGAGAAAUAGAAAUGCAGUACAAUGAGUUAAACGGCUCUAUUCCAACAAGUUUUGGAUUUCUUAAAAAUCUAAACAGUUUAAAUCUCUUCCAAAACCGACUCAGUGGGGAUAUUCCUAACAGGAUUUUCAACCUCUCUUACUUGGUGGAAAUUAGUUUUGGAAACAAUAGUCUAUCUGUGAAUCUUCCCAUAGAUAUUUGUAACAACCUUCCGAAGCUAGAGACGCUGAGAAUUUCUUGGAAUCAAAUAAGUGGAAACAUUCCUCCAAGCCUGGGAAAGUGCACGAAUCUUAAACUACUUUCUUUGUCAUAUAACUUUUUUACUGGAGGCAUUCCAAUGGAAAUUGGGAACAUGUCAAAGCUUCAAUAUCUCCGUCUAGGAAUGAAUAAUUUGACAGGUGUGUUUAAAUUAUUGGUCAUGUACAUACAUCUCCCAAUACACUGGAUAAUAUUUUCCAGAAGUUUGUGAAAAUGGAUAAAUAUAUUGUUGUUCCUUUACAUCAUAAAUAUUUCUUACACGCAUAGUGCAAAGCAACUUGGUGUCCAUGGAAUGUCCUUUCAUAUA